AUGAAAGCACACAUAAUCUUUUGGCUUUUCUUUAUACCAUUCUGCUUAAUAAAUUCCAGCUCUCACAAUUUUGUUGUGAAAGGCUACUGUCUUGGCCAUCAACGUUCGUUGUUGCUCCAAUUGAAAAACAACCUUAUAUUCAACCCCGAAAAAUCUUCAAAACUAGUGCAUUGGAAUCAAAGUGAAUAUGAUUGUUGCAAAUGGCAUGGGGUAACAUGCAAAGAUGGACAUGUUACAGCCCUUGAUCUUAGUCAAGAGUCUAUUUCCGGAGGACUUAAUGAUUCAAGUGCUAUUUUCAGCCUGCAAUAUCUGCAGAGUCUGAAUUUGGCAUUUAAUGACUUUCAUUCUGUGAUUCCUAAAGACUUGCAUAAGCUGAAAAAUUUGAGGUAUCUCAACUUUUCUGAUGCUGGCUUUGAGGGUCAAGUCCCGAAAGAAAUUUCUCACCUUACAAGGUUGGUUACUCUUGAUUUGUCUUCUUUAAUUACUUCACAUCAGAACAUAAAACUUGAGAAUCCAAAUAUAGAGACUCUUUUGAAAAACCUCACAGAUAUCACAGAAUUGUAUCUAGAUGGUGUAGCAAUAUCUGCCAGCGGAGAAAAAUGGGUUCGUGCUUUAUCUUCACUGAAGGGUCUUCGUGUUUUGAGCAUGUCAUCAUGCAAUCUCUCUGGACCUUUUGAUUCUUCACUAUCCAAGCUUCAAUCACUCUAUUUUCUAAAAUUGAACCACAAUAAUUUGUCAAGCAUACUGCCAGAUUCCUUUGCAAAUUUCUCCAAUUUAACCAUCCUACAACUAAGUAGUUGUGGCUUGAAUGGUUUUUCCCCAAAACAUAUCUUUCAAUUACAAACAUUAAAGUUUCUUGACAUAUCAGAUAAUCAAUAUCUCCAUGGUUCUUUACCAGACUUUCCACCGCUUGCAGCUCUUCAAUACUUGAAUCUAAGCCAUACAAAUUUCUCAGGAUCGCUUCCAAAUUCUUUUUCCAAUCUGAAGCAUUUGUCUACUAUUGAUCUAUCUUACUGUCAAUUCAAUGGAACACUUCCUAGAUCAAUGUCAAAACUCACCCAACUUCUUUAUCUCGAUCUAUCUUCGAAUAAUCUAACAGGUCCACUCCCUUCUUUCAAUAUGUCCAAAAACCUCACAUAUAUAUCUCUUUUUCUCAAUCAUUUAAGUGGGAAUUUACCAUCUGAUCAUUUCGAGGGCCUCAUUAAUCUUGUAAGCGUCAAUUUAGGGUUCAAUUCUUUCAACGGAAAUGUUCCCUCAUCUGUGCUUAAGCUCCCAUAUUUGCGAGAAUUGAAGCUUCCCUAUAAUCAACUUAAUGGUACUUUGGGUGAAUUCGAUAGUACAUACUCAUCAGUAUUGGAGAUACUUGAUUUGACCAGUAAUAAUUUGCAAGGACCUAUUCCUUUGUCUGUCUUUAACAUUAAAACACUUCGUUUCAUUCAACUUUCGUACAACAAGUUUAAUGGCACGAUAUACUUGGAUAUCAUUAGAAGGUUAAGAAAUUUAACUAUACUAGGGCUCUCACAUAACAACCUUUAUGUUGAUGUCAACAUCAAACUUGAUCAUGACUUGUUGCCCUUUCCUAAGAUGAGAAUUCUAAUGUUGGAUUCUUGCAAGCUGAGAGAAAUCCCUAGUUUCUUGAGAAACCAGUCCACGUUAUUAGCUCUUCAAAUAUCUGAGAACAAGAUUGAAGGACUAAUACCCAAUUGGAUUUGGCAACUUGAUUCUCUCAUUACCUUGAAUCUUUCCCAUAACUAUUUGAUAGGUAUGGAGAGAAGUGUUUCAAAUUUCAGUUCUAACCUUUUAAUAGGUGAUUUUAGUUAUAACCAACUCCAAGGGCCUAUUUCUUUCAUUCCCGGUUACGCAAUAUAUUUGGACUACUCAAGCAAUAGAUUAAACUCUUUCAUUCCGCCAGACAUUGGAAACCACAUCCCUUACAUACGUUUGUUGUUUCUUUCAAACAACAAUUUUCAGGGACAGAUCCAUGAAUCUUUUUGUAAUGCAUCUACUCUAAACUUGCUAGAUCUUUCCCACAAUAACUUUGUUGGGACGAUUCCCAAGUGUUUCGCAGCACUGAGUAGUAGUCUCAAGAUGUUGAAUUUUGGUGGAAACAAGCUCCGAGGUCAUAUUCCUACUACUAUGUUUCAGAACUCAUGUGCACUAAGGCUUUUGAAUCUAAAUGACAAUCUUUUAGACAGUAGUGUACCAAAAUCAUUGGUCAAUUGCAAAGAACUAGAAGUCCUUAACCUUGGAAAGAAUUCAUUAACCGGAAAAUUUCCAUGUUUUUUGAGCAAAAUUUCCUCCCUAAGAGUAAUGGUUUUAAGGUCAAAUAAGUUCCAUGGGUCUAUUAAAUGCUCUAAUAGCUUUGGUGAUUGGAAGAUGCUUCAUAUCGCUGAUCUAGCCUCCAAUAACUUCGGUGGAACAUUAUCACCUGCACUCUUAAAUAGUUGGAAAGCAAUGAUGCGCGAUGAGGACGAGCUUGGGCCAGAAUUCGGCCAUUUGUUUUUUGAUAUUGUUGAUAUCUUUCAUCCUAUGCGUUUCAAGGAUGUACUACAAAAUUUGAACAAAGUUCUUGCUUUGAAAGUGGCUAAACUUGUUGCAAACAUGUCUCACUCUAUUCUUGACCAGGCAUAUCUUGAUGGUGGUUCGAUUUUGGCAAAUCUUGUUCGUUAUCAGGAUUCAAUUAUUAUUGUCAACAAGGGUCAACAGAUGAACCUGGUAAAAAUUCAAAGUGCCUUCACUUAUAUAGAUAUGUCAAACAACUAUUUGGAGGGGCCAAUACCUUAUGAGAUAACGCAAUUGAAAGCAUUGAAUGCUCUAAACUUGUCACAUAAUGCAUUAUCGAGCCAUAUACCAUCAUCGGUGGGGAAUUUGAAGAAUCUUGAAUCUUUGGACUUGUCAAACAACUCCUUAAAUGGAAAGAUUCCUCAAGAGCUUUCAAGUAUAUAUUUCCUUGAAUAUAUGAACCUCUCGUUCAAUCACCUUGUGGGACGAAUUCCGUUGGGUACUCAAAUACAAUCAUUUGAUACAGAUUCCUUCAAAGGGAACGAAAGGUUAUGUGGACCUCCAUUGACCAACAAUUGCAAUGAUGAUGGAGUGCAAGGGCAACCGCCACCAGCAUCUGAAUUAUCUCAUUCUCAUAAUGACAGUUCAAUCGAUUGGAAUUUCUUAAGUUUGGAGUUGGGAUUUAUUUUUGGCUUUGGAAUUUUCAUCCUCCCCCUUAUUUGCUUGAUGAAAUGGAGGUUGUGGUAUUCCAAACAUGCAGAUGAAAUGCUUUACAGGUUCAUCCCCCAGCUAGAUUUUGUGUAUGAACAGCAUGAAGGGAAGAGGUAUAGAACUCUGAGGUGGAGGUACUGA